AUGCAGGGGCCCCCCAGCUCCCUUUUUACUCAGGGGCCUUCGGGGGCCCCCCAGAACCCCUCCUCUACUCCUACUCAGGGGGCCCCCUCCGCUCCUUCUUCCUCUCUCUUUAGUGCCUUCUCUGCAGCUGCUGCAGCACCAGCUCCUUCUUCUGGUGGUAGCAUAUUUGGCUUGAACCCUUCACCCCCUGCAGGGGCCCCCAGCUUGUUUGGUCGGAGCCCCACAGCUGCAGCAGCAGGUCAACAGCAGCCUGCUGCCACAAGCGGCACCAAUCCCUUUAGCAGCAACGGUCCUAAUGCAGGGACCAGCAGGAGCCUUUUCGGGGGUGCGGGCCCACAGGGCCUCCUCGGUUCUGCUGCUGCUGCUCCUGGCAGCAGCGGAACCGCAGGUGGAACAGCUCAAGCUGCUCCUGGUGCAGGUCUAUUUGGGUCAUCCCAGCCAACAGGGGGCUUUUUCGGUGCAGCUGGCAGCACGAGCAGCCAAGGCGCCGCCUCUAGUGGCGCUCCUGGCGCUUCUGCUGCUGCACCUGCAGCAGCGGGAGCAGCAAGCACAGGGCCAGCCCCUUCAUCAGGAGCCCGUGGGGGCCCCCUUUUUGGUUCCAUUGCCUCUGGGAUGAAUGCGGGCCCCAUCUUUGCAGGCAAAGGCCCCUGUGCUGCUGCUGCUCAGCAGCAGCAGCAGACAGGGCCCCAAGCAGUUGCUGCUCCGCAGCCUCUCUUCGGAGCAACACCUCCGGCUGCUGUCCCUGCAGCACCUGCUGCAGCAGCAGGGAUUCCUGCCGGCAGCAACGGGCCCGCUGGGUCUAGCCUGUUUGGGGGCCCCCAAAUUGGGGGGGCCCCAAGUGGAGGUUCCCUCUUUGGAGGUGCUGUUGGGGGGGGGCCUGCCUCUAAGAAGACUCUCUUCGGCACUGUUAAUGCAGGGGGCCCCGUUGGCUCUACCCCAUUUGGGGGCCCUAAGGAGAACAGCAGCACCGUCCCCUUGUUCGGAAGCGCUGCACCUGCUGCAGCAGCAGGUGCUGCAGCACCUGCUGCUGCACCUGCUGCUGGCUCUGGCAGCAGCAUCUUUGGCGGGAGUGUCCCUUCGGGGGGCACCACUGCUCCUGCUGCUGGCAUGUUGUUUGGUGGGGUCCCCCUAAGCUCGGCAACCCCAGCCAAAGGUCUGUUUGGCGCAACACUACCAGCAACAGGAGCAGCAGCCACAGAAGGGGCAGCAGCAGCAAAUCAAUUAAAGGCAGACACACCAGCAGGACCUUCGGGGGGGCCCUCGGGCGCAUCACAGGCCGCCGAUCCAAGGGGCCCCGCGCAACACAGUGGAGGCUUAUUCCGGAGCACUGUAGCAGCAGCAUCAGCAGCAGCAGCAGCACCACAACCACCACCAGCUGCACCAUCAGCAGCAGCAGCAGGACGAAACUCCGGCAGCGGCGGCCUGUUUUCUUCCCUUGAUGUGCCCCUCCACCGCAGCAGCAGCAGCUGGGGAAACACUAAAGAGAGACCCUUCAUCCCUCGCAGUUCUUCUGCUGCUGCUGCCACAGGAGGAGGAGACCCUCCCACCCCUACCGCCACCCCCACCAGUAGCAGCAGCAGCAGCAGUGGUGGUGGUGGUGGUGGCGGUGUGUUGGCAGUACAUGGCCGCAACCGUCUGUAUGUACCUGAGGGGAAGGCUGUGCCUCCUCCUCUACCUGUACCUGUGGGGCCCCAAGCAAACCCUAUGCUGCAUGCAAAGCUCCCUGAGACAGCACUUAUGUUGAGGAUACAAGUGGUGCAGCAGCUACAGCAGCUGCAGCAGGAUGGAGGCGCAACCGGUGGGGCUGCUGCUCUUUUCCCUCCUGCUACAGGUGCAGCAGCUGCGGACAGUGCUGCUUCUGCGCCAGGAACAGCAGCAGCGGAUGCUGCUGCUGCUGGAGGGGUGUUUGUCGGGCAGCUGUACGGCUGCUGCAGCACCGAAGAAAUGUUAGACAAGCAGCAAGUCUCCACUGCCUCUGACUUCGAGCGUUUAGAGGCGACUGUCCCAGGAGACCCAGAAGCCCGCAUCGUGAACGUACACCUGGCGUUUUCUUCGUUUCGGCGUAGCGACGCUGGGAAGCCCUUCAAGCAGUCAGACACUCGACCAGCAGUGUGGUGCCGCCGAGCUGUGCAUGCGCUGCUGACUUACGUUGCGGAUGCUGACCUGACCAAUGGACCUCAGCAGCAGGAUCAGCAGGAGCAGCAGCAGGAGAUGGCGACGCUACCACGAAAGGAGUAUCUGUUCCCUCGAUCUCGUCCUUAUACAUACAUUGAUGUGUAUAACUUUUUGAGAGACAGAUUACGUGCCUGUUGGCAAGAACUAACAGUGCAGCAUGUGUCUCCUCAUCGUGCAUCAAUAGAGACACUUGAGGUCUCUUUUCGUUUUCUUGUUUUGUCUGAGGAGCUGCUAGCAGGGACACCUGGUUUUGAUUCAGUCUCUAAUCAUGGUUUAAUGCAAACAUGUCUAGACAAACUUAUGCAGGGAUACGAGGCGGCCCGCGCCUUCCGCAGCAGACGCGAAGCGGCAGCAGCAGCAGCAGCAGCAGCAGCAGCUGUUGCUGCUGCUGCAGGAGGGGUGGAAGGCAGAGGAGGAGAGGAAGACCCUAAGGCAUUACUUGAUCUUCUUGUCUACAGCAGUCCGUAUGAAGGGGAAUUCUGGGGUUUCCGCCUUCUUAUGCUGCUGUCACAGGAUGCAAGUGACACGGCUGCGGUAUCUCUGCUGCAGCGGCUGCCGCAGCAACUGCAGCAGGACCCUUCUGUGCGUUUUGCCUUAGCUGCCUACCGGGCAUUUAAGACCCUUAACCUCCGUCGUUGUGUGGGCCUCAUGAGGGAGGGGCCCUAUUUAUUAUGCCUCCUCCUUCACAAAUUCUUGCCCUUUGCUAGAGCACGCCUUGUUGCUGCUCUCGUCUUCAACCGCCUAUCUGGAGGCGCAAGAAAUCCUAUCAGCCCUCAACGCCUUGCCCUUCUCCUUGGGUUCGAUGCAGAAAGCAGCGAAAUGUUUUCUGCCUUUCUUGCGGCUUACGGAAUUCGCGUGGCGGUGUCUCCUCGAGGUGCCCCUAUUUGUUUACUUGAGGAGGCAGAUAAGAGUCUCCUUCAGGACUUGUCCUCCUAUAAAAAAGCAAAGGGGCCUAGGGCCCCUUCUCCUUACCUUGCGCCGCCUAGCUACCUCUCCAGGCAGCAGCUGCUCGACCCAGACUAUCCUGCUGCUGCGGCUGCUGCUGUGGCUGUGGCUGGUGCGCUUGAGACACAGGAGCAACGGCAGAAAAGAAGACCGUGCGCAGCGGAAUUGAGCAGGGCCUUUUUUUUCAAGCAGCAGGAGGCCUUAAAGCAACGGCCUGAUCACCAGCAGGAGCAGCAGCCCGAUAAGCAGAGGAAACUUAAACGACUGCAGCAACUCAAACUGCGACAGCAGCAGCUGCAGCUGAGCCACGGGGAACUACGGGUUGGGCACAAUGAACAGCAACAGCAGCAGCAACAGCAGCAGCAACAGCGGCAGCAACAGCACCAGCAACAGCAGCACCAGCAGCAGCAGCCGCCUUUGGCUUCUAACUUCGUAAAUGUUACGACGACACCUGAGGCAGCGGGGGGUAUUGCCUUUGGGUUGCCUCAAGGCAUGCAGCGCAUGCAACGGACAGACAGAGAAGCGCAGAUGCAGCCCCAACAGCAGCAGCAACUUUUGCAGGGGCACCAACGCCCACUGACGCAACCAGAGCAGGGCCCGGCGCAGCAACAACAACAACAGCAACAACAACAACAACAACAACAACAACAACAACAACAACAACAACAACAACAACAGCAACAACAACAACAACAACAACAACAGCAACAACAACAACAACAUCAACAACAACAACAACAACAGCAACAACAACAACAACAGCAACAGCUGCAGCAACAACAGCAACAACAGUGGCAGCAAGAGCAGCAGAAGCAGGUACCGUUCGCUUUCGUGUGGCCACCGCCUGCUCAGGGGAGAGAGGCAGGGGCGGAGCAGCAAACAGCGCGGGUAUCUCCAUAUGUUAGCAAUCAACCUACUGCUGCUGCUGCUGUUGACGCGUCAGCAGUAGUGACAAGGGAUGUAUUGCAGGCACCACCUAAACCAACUGCAGCAGCUGGCGCUACAACAUCCCCAACCACACCGCCAGCAGUAGCGGCAGCAGCAGCGCCAACAGCAGCAACAGCAGCCAUCGGGGGCAGUCCAAUAAUCCAGGCUUCUAGAGAACCGCCGGUUCCCAGUCAAACGGCACCUGCAGCAGCAGCAGCUCCUGCCCCUGCUGCUGCUUCUGGAAAAGGCGAUGAUGUGUCCCGAAGACAAGAGGGGCAUGAGCUGGCUAGAGAGUGCAGAGGUAUCCUGCAUGCACCAGGAGCUGCUGCUGCAGCGGGUGCUGCGACGAGCAGCGCGAGUUCAGCAACUGCUGCUGCAACAGGGAGGCAGCAGCGCGAUUUGCGUAUGCCUGAAGUUAGUGCACCUAAAGGAGACACCAGCGCUGUUGCAGUAGAGUUCGAGGAGACAUUCCCUGGCAUUUUGGGGCUUCGCAAGUGGAGACAGAAGCCCAGUGACAGCGCAUCCCAGCCUGCUCCUGUAGCAACAGCAGCAGCUACUGCAGCAAAAGCAGCAGCAGCUGCUGCUACCGGCAACUUUAUUGAAGCGAUUGCCUCCGCAAGGCCGCCGCCCAGCAAAGGACACGAGGUCGUAGACGAAGCCGCAGUGGUGUGGCAGCAGCAGGAAGGACAACAACAGCAACAGCAGCAGCAGCAGAAAAGUGGCUCUGAGUUGAAGAAGCCUCCAGCGAGAGCCUCAGACGAUCUGGCUGAGGCAACUCACAAGAAUGCAGCAGCUGCUGCUGAUGCUGAUGCAGUAGCAGGGGCUCCUCUGACUGAGACCUUCAAUGUGGGGGAUACCCCACAGGGGGCCCUGUAUGCAUUGAUAUCACCCGAGGAAGAGUUGCUGGCGCUGCUGCAGCAGCAAACUGAGCUGCCACAGCAGCCACUAUCGUCGAUGCUUGCAACAGCCGUUGCUGCAGCUGCUGCUGCCAUGCCGCCAGAUGUUCUUCGUUCUCUCCUAGCUUCGGAUCUGCUGCUCCCUCGCUGCACGCAACGGCAAGAACAGCAGCAGCAACAGCAGCUUUCCCCUCCCCGUGUUUUCUUCAAGGCUGUCUUUUUUUGCCGUCGCUCUUCAAUUGUGGAGGCGCUGUUGUUGCGUGUUGUUGCAGCUGCUGCGUGGGGCACCAGCAGGAACAGUAAGGUAACUUCUACUCCUGUGUUGCUCCACAGCAGCAUUGCAGCAGCAGGGGACAAAAGGGUGCCCUUAGAGGGACACUUGCUGCUGUGGCCGCAGCAGCGGCUCUCCAUCCGAGGGGCCUCACAGCCGCUGCCGUUUUACUGUGCGCUGCAUGCAAUAACCGGCAAGGGAAUAGACACAGCUGCAGCGGGGAGGGCAUUAGAAGCAGCAGCAGCGGCUGCUGCUGGCACAGCACCACUUGCAACACCAAUACAGGAGGAGGUUUGUAAGCUUGACGAAGAAGAAGCCCUUGGGGACGCAGCCAUGCUGCUGCUGCCGUUGCCUUUCCUUGUGGCUUUGCCAGGCAAAGGAGCAGCAGCAGAUGCGCCUGCUGACGAGCCUUGUGGCUUCUGCAACAACACCCUUCCCCCCACGGUGCAGAUGACCGCCUUCCCAUCGGACUGCAGCGCGAGCGGUCCAGCUGAAGCAACAGCAAAGCAACAGUGGGCUGCAGCCACAAAGGAGAUAGCCUACGCCCUCAAGCUCCGCAACAAGAACCAGCAGCAGCAGCAGGCAGGCGCUGCUGUCGCGUGUGUUGUUUUUGCUCUAUCCCUGCCGCAGCGGCUGUUCUGCGAUAUAUCAUCACAAGCGGCAACGGCGACUGUUCCACCGUGCGCUGCUGCAACACAACGCCAGCAGCAACAGCAGCAGCAGCGGUGUCCGCAGCAAUUGGCUAUCUCCGUUGACGACGAAGUGCGCAGUGCAUGUGCAGCUGUGAAGGCUGAAGUCCUCCAGGCUGUCUCCUCGCAGUUCCCAGAGCUUCAAGAUGCAGCUGCAUGCUUACGAGUUCGGUGUAUUGCUGUUGUUCCAUCUCCUGCCCGAGACAGCACCAACACCACCAGCAGCAGCAGCCGCAGAAGCAACAGCAGCAGCAGCAGCGGAAGAUGCUGCUGUACAGACUGCGCGCUGCCGCUUUCGCGGGGUUUGCUGCAGUGUUUCUCCUUAGAUCCUUGGGAAGGGCUGCAGCAGCCCAGCCAGCUAAGCGCGUUGCUGCGGCAGCGGCCGAUGCUGCUGCAGCAGCAGCAACUUCUGUUGUCAGGCUGGGCGAGGAUGUGGGAACGGGCGCUUGCUGCUGCCGCUGCUGCUGCUGCUGCACGCGCAAGGAAGGCACUUAGCGAGUGCCUGGAAGCAGAAUUGCAACAGCAGCAGCAACGCUUGGGACACGAAGGUUGUCUUGAGCAGCUCGUUGCUGCUGCUGCUGCAGGUCCUCUUGCUCGGGUUGCUGCUAAUGCUGCGGUGUCUGUAGAGGCAUUUCGCACAGGAGCAGCAGCAGCAGCAGGGUUGCUGCACAGCUGCAGCGACAGCUUGUGGCAGUUGCCGCCUGUAGAGUGGCUGCUGGGCCUCAUAUGGAGGUUGCAGCACGCAAAGAAGCAGCAGAUGCAGCAGGAGCAACAACCGCAUGCCCUUACAGCUGCUGCACUUGCCGGAUGUUUUCCCUCCGCAGAUACUGAGACUCUCCACGAGUUGGUUAGGUUGUUGCGGCAGCAAGACGAGCAAGACAUCUUGCGUUUGCUCCGCCGAGCGUACAGCAAGGCUUCGAGCUUGUCGCAGCUUGUCGAACUGGCUGCUGCUGCUGCUUCUGCUGCUGGUGGUGCUCGGAUGGAGCAGAUGGAGCAGCAGGAGGCGCAGGCUCAUUCUCUGGAGCUCGUUUUUGCCGCCGCAGUGGAAGCAGCUCGGUGCAGCGCCGCAGCAGCAGCAGCGGCUGCUGCAGCAAAACGUGGACCACUGGUACUCCCCUACUCCACAUGGAAUGUGCUAGCUGCCCCUCCAGUGUAUGUUUGGGGACCCCCAGUGCUGCCUCGCGUGCUUGCCACCGCCGCAACAAUGCUGCAGGAGCAGCAGCAGGCAGAACAGAAGCAUAAAGAGGAGAGGCGAAUGGGGCUGCUAGAGGAGGGUGGAGGGUGUGUGGGGAAGCACCAGCAGCAAUUGCAACAGCUUCAAGGCUGUCAACAACAGCAGUACGAACAGCAGCAGCAGCAGCAAGUACAUCAACAGCAACAGGAGCAGCAGCAACAGCUGCAGAAACAGCGCAGGCAGCUUGCACCUAUGGAGGAGCCCCGAAGGGUGCGGCGGCGAUUGUGUGGGGAAGCAUCCAAGUUGGUUGCGCAGUGCAUGCAAGCAGCAGCAGAGGAGCAGCGGUGCAUGCGCCUGUUGCUGGAACGGCUGCAGGUGUAG